AAUCGGCGUGCGCAGAACGCUAAUCUUUAUUCUGAAAAAAAUAAAAAAAUAAAAAAAUAAAAAAUUUCUCUACCGCCACUAUUUAUUCACUGUCUCUGCGGUGCCGGUUCUCAGAUUAUCAGCGGCGAAAAUGGCAAACAACGUCAACGUAGACGGUUCCGACCGGUUACCGACGAUACUGGUCACAAACGACGACGGAAUCGACGCACAAGGCCUCCGUUAUCUCGUCCGCGUCCUCGUCUCUGCCAAUCGCUACCGAGUCUUCGUCUGCGCUCCUGAUUCGUACGUAACUCCACUUCAAUACUUCUCUGAAUUUUUUUUUUUAUCUCUUUGAUUCUAUGUUCUGUUCUUGUUCCAUUAUGUACGGACUCUUUCGAUUUACUGUUACUGUUUGGACGAUCUUAAUUGCCGAUUAUCCCAAACUGUUUGUUUUAACAAAAAAGUGGUUUCAGUUCGGACUGUACAAAAGUGUCCAUUUGUUUAUAAAUUUAUUUAAAAUUU